CUGUCCAGUGACAGCAGAUAAACACCUGCUCGUACAGAUCAUACCGAGCCAGAGCUGACGGGAACUGCUUUGAAACAACAAACAUUUGGACCAGUUAUCAAUACAAGAUUUGGGAAUUGAACUUAACAUGUCAAACUUGAAAGGCAAGAGAGAAGAAUAUCUUAGUGUGAAGGAUCUGCAGAAGGUUUUGGACUCAUGCAAACUGCAUCUUAGUCAAGUUGAUGAAGUCUGGCCGAACAUCUACAUAGGGAAUGUGGCAGUAGCCCAAAACAAGACUUCCUUGCAGAAAUUAGGUAUUACUCAUGUAUUAAACGCUGCUCACUCCAAGCGAGGCAGCGUAGGGAACCAAAGCUUUUAUGGCAACGACUUUGUGUAUUGUGGCAUUCCAGCAGAUGACUCUACGCACUUUGAUCUGGAUGUUUACUUCAACCCUGCUGCUGAUUUCAUUCAUAAAGCGCUGAAGACACAUGAUGGGAAAGUUCUGGUGCACUGCAUCAUGGGAAUGAGCAGGUCAUCGACCUUGGUGUUAGCGUACCUCAUGAUCUACCAUCAACUCCCGCUCAAGCGAGCUUUGCAGAAAUUGAUCCAAAAGAGAGCCAUCUACCCCAACAGGAAUUUCCUGGCUUUGCUGUUGGAUCUCGAUCUUCAGCUGACAAGAAAGGAGAAAACAUGUCAGAUCCUGUAAUCAACAAGAGUUUACACUUUCAGCCCCACAGAAGCAGCCCGGUGCCUAGGGAUAGGGAUGCCUGACUGAUUUGAUUUCAGACUGAAAUAUAUGGAUUGUCAUGAAAUUUGUUUUAACUGUAUUAACAGUGAUAUAGCCUGUUGGCAUGUCACCUGGGAAAUCUGCAAACAUAACAUUGAACUACACCUGACUACAAUACUCUGCCCGAAGUGUUUACAUGGGCACAUAUUAACAUGCUUAAUGUCAGUGAAGGGAGUGAGUACAAUGUGUCUCAAUUAGCUGCAUUAGCUUCUCAAGGUACUGCUACCAUGGUAAAGGACUUUCUAUUUUUAUUGUUUUUUAAAAAGUUUUAUUUACAAAUACAGAAUGUCUUAACAAAAUGACAGUUGAAAAAUUAAUUGACCAGUGUGUAGGAUUUAGUGAAAUAUAGAGCGUUAUUUGAAAUAUCUUCCACUCACCCUUCCACGUGAACGGCCCACUCUAGAGCCACAGCUUAGUUCUGGGCUUUUAUAGAAACAUGGCGGUGCAACAUGGCAGACUCUGUGACGGGGAACACUAGCUGUGUUGAUACAGUAUGAAGGGCUGAUGCUAAUGAAAACACAACAUUUGUUAUCAUUUUAGCUGUUUAUACACUUUUUGUAAAUGUAAUUACGAAUUAUGUUCUAUUUUCUCUAUCUAUUACACACUGGUCGUAAUGUAAGGCAAAGCGAAAAUACACAAAGACAAAUUCAUGCUAAUGAUAAGGAUUCUUUGUGACUAUAUUAUGUCAUUCAGUUACCUCUCAUUCUUGUAAGAUCUUUUUCUUCAGCACUUCACUUUGUGUUACGGCAGAAUGGACCAAAUGUCUUAUGGGAAAUGUUUUACAAAGCAGAGUUAUUUUGUAAACACUGUAAACGACUCAUUGUUCUGCAAUUCAACAUUCAAACUCGAAAUUGAAUCAGUCUACAGACCAACUUCUCAUUGUUCACUGUAUAAUAUUACUUUGUGUAUUCAUCAAGCUAUUUGAGCUGAUCAUCACUGCACAUCAAAAGGUUUCAAAUCCUUUGAAUCUCCAUGAACCAAUCCUUAGAAACAUUGGAAAACUCACUUACAAAAAGGUACACCCUGCACCUGCUUUAUAGCAGUGAUUGCUACCUCCAAUUAUCUCUAAACUUCAAAAUACCACACACAUACUACACACAUAUACGGCAUCGUUGUGUUGCUGAGUUGCACAUUUAAUUCCAAUAUAUAUGUUUUAGCUAUGGAUAUUCUAUGUGGGUACAAGUAAAUGUAGACCAUACUGUUAGGAUUUUUUGCAAAGAAUGAACCUUACAUCAUACAUCUUUUUUAAUUAAUGUAUUUUAUUUUCAUUUUUCAACUUUUGUGUAAUUCUUUGGUGCUUCAGACAAGACUGAGUGUUGUUCUAAGUGUCAACCUUUAAUAUUUGUUUCUGUUUUAUUCACUAAAUGUCCAUAUUUAAAGUAAAAGAGAAAAUCCUGACUUUACCAAAUGUCCAUAUGUUGAUUUAAACACAUUUCACUGUAAACUCAGCAUAUGAUCUAAUUCUCUUGCGGUUAUAAAAGCAAUGUCCUAUCCUCCCUCUUGUGUUGGUAGCUCGGAUAACCUUAAAGGAAUGCAGAAGAUGAUGCCAGAAUUAUUUUUGGGCUGAGAUUCAGAUGUUAAAAUAGCAUAAAAAUGUU